GGUGCUAGUCAGUGCAAGGGACACGGGGGGGGGUGACCCCACGUCCGGAUAUUCGGGGCUUUGUCUCACACAGGCGCCUAUUGCCCCCCCCCCGCCCCAUGGCCUGGGGGCUGCUCCUGGCGCUCUGCGGGGCGCUCCUGGCUCCGGCCGCGGCGGGCGGGCGCCACAGCCUGGCCGUGCUAGUCACAGCCGUCACCCAGGAAGAUGGGACUCAUCACUACUUCAUGAUCUCCAAGCUGGAUGACGUUCAGAUCGCGUACUACAGCAGUGACACGCGAGAGGUCAGACCCACCCAGACGUGGGCAGAGCAGGCCGUGGGCGCUGAGUAUCUCCAGGAAAAGACCCAGGAGUUCUUGAGGCACGAGAAGGGCUCAAAAGUCGAGACCAGGUGGUGGAUGCAGCUGCACAACCAGACGGGCGGGGUUCACACCGAGCAGGUUCACGUGGGCUGUGCGCUGAGCGGCCAGGCCCCCCGCGACCUGAGGUACCAGUACGCCUACGAUGGAAGGGACUUCAUCAGCUUUGAUGCCCAGACGAGGACAUGGGUGGCAGCUGUGCAGCCGGCCUUCGCGCCGAAGCAGAGCUGGGAGACGGGGAAGAGCUACACUCAGUAUGUCCAGCAGUUCCUGCAGUCCGAGUGCCUGGGGACCCUGCGGAGCCUGGUGCAGCGGGGGAGGGCGGUGCUGGAGCAGCAGGUGCCCCCCAAGAUCUCGGUUUCCCGCAGAGACGCCCCCGACGGCUCUGUCAUCCACUCCUGCCACGCCAGGGGCUUUUAUCCGCGUCCCAUCCACGUCUCCUGGGUGCGGGACGGAGAAGACAUCCUGGCGGAGAAGGACUCCAGCGGGAUCCUGCCCAACGCCGACAGCACCUACUACACGCAGUCGUCCCUGGAGAUCUCCCUGCAACAGGAGGACGGGCACCGCUACGCCUGCCGGGUGGAGCACAGCAGCCUGGGGGAGCCCACGCUCGUCUGGGCCCCUGGGAAGAUGGGUCCCCUGUCCCCCGGAGUCCUGGCCGCCAUCGUCCUGGCCGUGCUGGUUCUGGCUGGAGCCGUAGGGGCCGGCGUCAUCCUGUGGAGGAGAAAAUCAGCAGGCCCCAGGAAACCUGGCUACGCUCCAGCAGCCACAAAGAGCGGGGAAGAUUCUGCCUCCAGCUCUUCAUCAGGAACAGACCCCCAGGGCAUGGGACCCUGGAGCUAGGGGCAGUGACCCUGCCCUGCUGCUGUCCCCACUGGUUUGGCGAUCUCUGUCCUCUGACUCCCCUUUGCCCCAGGGGAGAUUCCCACUUGGUCGUUAGAGCAAUUUCCUCCUGGGGGUGUUGGGCCUCAGGCUCUGCUAUUGCAGUGUUUGCGUCUCUGCUUCUGCAGCCAGGACUUUUCCUCAACUUCUCCCCAAAGGGCCGACUCGCUCCAGUGUCUCGUCUCUGCGGGGGCCGCACUGCCUGCAUCAGGGACGGGCAGGUCCCCUUGUCCAGCAGCAGGAACCAGCACAGAGCCCGAUGACCAGGCAAAGAAGGGGGCGAGGGAGCCCCACAGCGGGCAAUUAUGGGCUACCCCGUUCUGAUUGGCCACGGGAGCCUGAGGUUUGGCCAUCACUUCUCAGGCUGGCCUGGCCUGCACUGGCUGCUGGCCUCUGGCCGUGCCAUGGCACCACACCUGUGCCUCAUUCACCCCCAGCUGGCCACCGAGGGGUAAUGUCCAGCAGUGUGGGGCUCGACACCUAGGAGCGAGUCACGGCUAGCUGGCCUGCAAAGCCAUCGACCUUCACACCAGCCCCCAGGCCAAACAGCCAAACAGCCUCUGGCAGUGCCCCCCCAGGGCCAGGAGUGCAUGGGGGCUUUGCCCCCACACCCCUUUUUUCUAUUGGCACCUCUGAUAGGAGCCUUGUCUUAUAACAGGCUUAAUCAAAAGUGAUACAAGCUACAGAAGUGAGAUCUUGGAAGAGUGUU